AUGGCGGAUCAGACUGGUGCUACUACGACUUUUGGGUAUCAGCCCUUGGGUACUUCUUUUAUUGCCAGAGGAGCAAGUGAUACCCCUGUAAUGGAACGAAUGGACGACUGGGCUUUGAAGGUGUUGAUUGUGAUUGCUCAGUACUUCUUGGUAGUGUGGCGUUGGCUGGCCAAAGUGGUUGGAUGGGUAGUUCUCUGGGCCAUUCGGAUAUCCGUGAAAUGCAAUCCUUUGGAAGGCGUGGAUCUAGCAGUAGGGCAAUCAGAGGAUGAUAAUGCCAACCAAGAGGAGGAAGACUUUUAUGAUGCCAUUGCCAACGAAUUUCCAUGUGUCAAUGAAGAUUCUGAUGAGGAUGAUGAAGUGGAACAACCAUUGCGAGAGCAGCCAGAUCAUCCCAGUGCUGGAGGUGAUUCCGUCUCGGAACUUCCCAUUGAACAAUUGGAGCUACCCGCCUUGCCAGCCCCCCGGGGAGCAUCGUCUUCCACGGCGGCUGUGAUUGUCGAGGAAGAGCCGAGUACCAGUCAAGACGAAGACGAUGAACCUCCACAACAACCAACAUCCUUGAUUCCCUAUCGUCCAUUUUCGGCACCGGGGCUACAACUUCAGCCAUCCCCUACUACUAUCGGUACUACUAGCCACCAGUCGGAUGCCUACAUUACGGAAAAUCUCCUCAUCACGUCUAGUAAUUGUCUGCAAAACAGGAAAAAUUCCACACAGGGACUCCCCAAACACAUGCUCAAAAAGCCACCUCCACCUCCAUCACAGCAAAAGGAUGAACCCCACAGUAAUGACAACAACAAUCGUAAUAAGAAACGAAAACCACAAAACGGUGGCAUUCCCACGGAGAUUUUUACCCGUGACAAUCAAGAUCAUCGACCCCGGAGUAGAGCACACACCACACACGAGGACAGUGAUGACGAUCAGGAAUCUACUCGGAAAGAACAGCAUCGCAGAACCAGCACUCGCAAAGGACUCCUGUCCAGUAGCAGUGACGAGGACGACGAGGACAGCGAUAUUGGUGUUUCUCGUCGUAGUAGCCGCAACCGAAAAACAAAAACAGAAAGACACCCAAACAAUCCAACAAAUCCAAACGAGCGCGUCCUUCCAGUGAUGACGACGAGAGCAGGGAAGCAUCGAAACGACAGAAAAGGCGUUCUCCGAGGAGUGAAGAAACCAGCCACAAUCAACUAUCGUCGUUCGCUUCCUUGGCCAGUCGACGAAAACGAAAGCCUUCGCUCCAGCAAGAACAAAAAGAGCAAAAGGAAGAAGGACGACAGUAGUAGUUCCGAGAGUGAUGACGACAGUAGUUCCGAGGAUGACAGUGACGACGACGCAUCGUCCAGCUCGGGUCCUCUCGAUUACAGCCAACUGCCCACACGCCCGAGUGAAUUGCCCCCGGCGUACACCAAGAAAAUUCAUGCCGUCGGAUUUGCCCCUUGGAAUCGCAAAGUGCUGCCCUGUAUGAUUGCCAGUCCGUUUGACUUUUUGGAGGAUUCCUCCUUUCAAAAAGUAUGGAUGACCACGGCGCGCAAACAUUUAAAAGAACACGGCGCACUGGAUGCGGGCGAAUUGCCCUACAUGGUGUAUUGGUUCACGGACAAUUCCUAUGCCGUCGUUCCACCGAAAAAGUUUGUCGACUAUGAGGAUGCCGAAGAAAAAUGGAAACAAAAACCGACGGCGUUGGUGCAGAAACUCCAACGGGGCAAGCCAUUGAAUCGGAGGGAAACCAUGGUCAUGGACGGGCUGGAAGAAGCGGCCGAAUCGGCGCAAUGUCCCGCCAAACAUCGGACGCAUCCGCAAUUGGAAAUGUUGCGGCAAUCACAAAAGCAAAAGCGAAAGGCACGUUCGAGGCGACGACGAUAG